UCAUCAUUGUACAUGAAUUCAAAGGGCUCCCCGAUUCCAAUGGGCAACUGCUUCUCCCAAGCCGCAGAAGACGCCCAGCCCGCCACCGACGACACCGCCCCCGUCCCUGCUCCCGCCGAUGAAUCCUCCCCCAUGACCCCUCCCCAAACCGCCACCACCACCCCGGCCUCCCCCAAAGCGGCGGCCCCGGUUGGCCCGGUCCUGGGGCGGCCCAUGGUCGACAUCAGCGACUACUACACGGUGGGGAAAGAGCUUGGGCAGGGGCAGUUCGGUGUGACCCACCUCUGCAUCGACAAGCACACGGGGGAGCAGUUUGCGUGCAAGACCAUCGCGAAGCGGAAGCUGGCCAACGAGGAGGACGUGGAGGAUGUUCGGAGGGAGGUGCAGAUCAUGCACCAUCUCACGGGGCAGGCCAACAUCGUCGACUUGAAGGGGGCCUACGAGGACAAGCACAACGUCUAUCUCGUCAUGGAGCUCUGCGCCGGCGGGGAGCUCUUCGACCGCAUCAUCGCCCGAGGCUACUAUACCGAGAGAGCGGCCGCGUCUCUCAUGAGGACCAUUGUGCAGAUCGUCCACACCUGCCAUACCAUGGGGGUCAUUCAUAGGGAUCUCAAGCCCGAGAACUUCUUGCUCUUGAAUAAGGAAGAGGAUUCGCCUCUCAAGGCCACGGAUUUCGGCCUCUCCGUCUUCUUUAAACAAGGAGAGGAAUUCAAAGAUAUUGUGGGAAGUGCAUAUUACAUAGCACCAGAGGUGUUGAAAAGAAACUAUGGACCAGAAGCUGAUGUUUGGAGUAUUGGUGUCAUGCUCUACAUUCUUCUCUCCGGUGUCCCUCCUUUUUGGGCAGAAUCUGAGACGGGCAUAUUCAACGCGAUUCUACGAGGACAUGUAGAUUUCACGUCGGACCCAUGGCCGUCCAUUUCAAACGGGGCGAAGGAGCUAGUGAAGAAGAUGCUAGCUUCAGACCCCAAGCAGAGGCUCUCAGCAGCCCAAGUGCUGAAUCAUCCUUGGAUUAAGGAGGACGGAGACGCACCAGAUACGCCACUCGACAACGCGGUCUUCAACAGACUCAAACAAUUCAGAGCUAUGAAUAAGUUCAAGAAAGCUGCAUUGCGUGUUAUCGCGGGUUGCUUGUCGGAGGAGGAAAUCAUUGGGCUGAAAGAAAUGUUCAAGGGAAUGGACACAGACAACAGCGGAACAAUAACGCUGGAAGAGCUGAAGCAAGGUUUGUCCCAAACGGGAUCAAAGCUAACAGAGUAUGAAGUCCAACAGCUGAUGGAAGCUGCCGAUGCUGAUGGCAAUGGCACCAUUAGCUAUGAAGAAUUCAUCACUGCAACAAUGCAUAUGAACAGAAUGGAUAAAGAAGAGCAUCUUUACACAGCAUUUCAAUACUUUGACAAAGACAACAGCGGGUACAUUACGAUUGAAGAACUAGAGCAUGCUCUCAAAGAAUUCGGCAUGGGUAGUGACAAGGACAUUAAGGAAAUCGUCUCCGAAGUUGAUGCUGAUAAUGAUGGUCGGAUCAACUAUGAUGAAUUUGUAGCGAUGAUGAAGAAAGGUAAUCCAGAUAUGGCAAUAAAUAGCAAGAAAAGAAGAAGUGGUGUUUUUACUGAGGUCCCCGAAGACUAAUUUAUGAUAUUUAAAUAUAUUAUCACCUUGAUGGAGGGAAGAGAUAGGCUUUUAUGUACAACUAUAUUUAGAUUUGUAGCAUUUUUAACAUGUAUACUGAUGUAUCUAAAAGGGGAAACAAGAAAAGGGACGAGUUUUCUUCUUCUGUUCCUUUCAGCGACUGAGUGAACUCGGUGGUGUAGCUUUACGACUAAUAUUCAUUAUCAUUUAAUAUUUGAAGAGUAUUUUUCUGCUCA